UUUGAUACAUGCGUCUUCUGGCAAUUGAAUUCGAUUUGAUACAUGCGUCUUCUGGCAAUUGAAUUUGAUUCAAUACUCGUGGCAUAUUAAGUCAAACUUCACAAAGAUGGAAUGGAUACAGAGCGAGAGGGGUGGGCGAAAGCUCCUCCUGGGAGGAUACAUGUACGUCAAGCAAAAAGAUUUGGCAGAUGGGUACGAGGGCUUUGAAUGUGAGCUACGAAGGAACACACGACAAUGCAGAGCAAAAAUUAAGGUCAUGGGUGAUAACCAAUUCCGCGAUAGAACGGAGCAUAACCAUCCGCCUAACCAUGGUAGAAGCAAUGCUACGAAGGUUAAAGCAGCAACGAAGAGAAGGGCCACUGAGUCCAAUGAAAGACCACAACAGGUGCUUAUGGCGACACUAUGCGAGGUAACAGAGGAAGGGCGGGCAGCGCUACCAUCACUAAACAACAUGAGGAGGAAUAUCCGGAGACAGCGCCAAGAGAACCCAAACGCCCUCCCCAUUCCCAUGACUGUGGAAGAUCUGGAAAUCCCUGUAGAUCAACGAUUGACGCUGGGUGGAGAGCUUUUCCUUUAUCACGACUCUGGAAGAAACGACCCUCGCCGGAUUUUAGUGUUUACUACGGAAAGGAACCUUCAGUUGCUGUCAACGUCUGAAAGUUGGUUCGCUGAUGGCACGUUCAAGGUAGUGCCGACCAUCUUCUUCCAGUUGUGGACAAUCCACGCCACAUAUGAGGGACAUGUGGUGCCUUUGGUUUAUUGCCUCAUGCUAAAUAAGGACCAGGCGUCAUAUGCAAGGGUACUAGCAGCACUACAGGAGGGAAGGGCGUUCUACCCAACCAGAAUCAUGAUCGACUACGAAUUUGCAGCGAAGAACGCAUUUUCCCAGGCAUUUCCAAAUGCUCACGUUCAAGGAUGUCUUUUUCAUCUCUGUCAGAGGAUACAUGAACGGAUCAAGCAAGAAGGGCUGCAGGUGCUCUACAACGACGAUGAGGAGAUCCGGACACAGGCGAGAAUGAUAGGAGCGAUUGCAUUUGUGCCAGUGGAAGACACCGUGGAGGCGUUUGAAGCCUUGGCAGGCAUUGCAAGGGCAGAGCUGCAACCUGUCCUCAAUUAUUUUGAGGAUACUUAUGUGGGUCGACCUCAAAGAGCCGCGGGACAUGGUCGCCAGGCAGCGAGGUUCCCGCCCAUAAUGUGGAACAUGUUCAAUGCGACACUGCAGGGGGAAUUUCGCACGAACAAUCAUGUGGAGGGCUGGCACCGAAGGUUCCAGAUCGGCGUCGGUGCCGACCACCCCUCGUUUUGGCAGUUUUUGACCUGCCUAAAACGGGAACAUGCCAUGAACGAAGUAACGAUCGGACAAGCGCAAGCUGGAAUGGCGCCUCCCGCACCAUCGGGCAAGCGCAAGCUGGAAUGGCGCCUCCCGCACGUAGGAGAGUGUACCAAGAUACCAAUCUCCGGCUCAUCAGGCUCGUUACUAAUUACCAUGGGAGAGACAUUGUAG